AUGUGUGACACCAAUAUGAUGAAUAGAGACCCUUCUUAGAGCUGCGCUUCAAGCUCUACUAUUUAUCCUUCUUUUAAUUAGGAAAGCUACUACUGGAAUGAGAGCUACUGCGAGUUAAAUUUCGAUGAUAAAUAGGACAAAUACUAACCAAAUUAACAGUAAUAUUACACUUAGUAAACUCAAUUAUGUUUGUAAUAAGACUAUUAAGAAGAUACUUGGAACGUUGACGAACUUUUUAAUUUCAAUAAUACUCCUAAAAAUAAUUAAAUUUAAACAACAUAAUAACAAUUUUCAAACAAUUAUGAGCAAAUGAGUAAUACUGAGGUUUUCUAUAACAAUAACUACUUUGACGCUUCUCGCAACUAACAAAUCUACAAUAAUAAGAUCCAAUAAUAAAAUCAUAUUAACAAUUAAAUUACUCUUAAUAAUAAUAACUAACAUUAAAUAUACUCCUAUUCAUAAAAUGGCACAAUAGUCUACAAGGUAAAUUAGCCAGAGAGUAUAAAAUUCGAAGAUGAUUUAAGCAGCGAAAAUAGCAUGAUCAAUUACAACAUUAACUAGAAUCAAAACCAAUAAAUAAAAUAAUCAUGCUAGUUUAAAGAUUAAUAACUUAAAAAUUAGCUAUUUAAUUAACAAAAUUAAAUCAAUAAUCAAAAUUAUUAAUUCUACACAUAAUAACCAAAUAAUCAAUAAUUUAAUCAAUACAACAGCAACAUUAUUAAUAACUAAUAAUGUUUUUAAAAAAACUAACAAAAUUAUCAAUAGACAAACUCACUCUACAGCUAACAAUUACAGUCUCCAAUUUAAAGCUAAAACUUGUAUUAAAAUCCACAUAAUCCACAAUCAGUCUCUCAAUAAUAAUAAUUAGAUAAUUACCAUUAAGAAAAAAUAAUUAAUAACGCACAAACAAGCUAAAACUUUUAAUUCAAUUAAUUAUCUAAACACUCUCAAUCCAAUUUAGGUAAACUAAAUAUCCCAAAUAAUAAUAAUAAUUCAAUAUCUUAACAAUCACAUGCUGGCUACCAAUAGUAGGGCACUUAAAAAGCUCAAUAAGAUAAUCUUAAUACACCUACAACUAUUUCUAGCUCACAUCAGAUAAGAGAGCUAUAACAAGAAUCAAAAGAAAUUUACCAAAUUUUAAAUUUACAAAAUAAAAUUCUACUAACCAAUAAAGAUAUAUCUGAAAGCACAGACAGUAAAAGCUGCAGUGGAACAAUAAUUGAAAAUACUAAAGAGUCCUCAGAAACAAAAUCAAAUCUAACCCAAGAUAGCUAAGUUAGACAAAACAUAUACAAGAGCAUAAUGAAUGCUUUCAAAAUAUUUUUGUCACAAAAGUAAAAGAUAUGUGAACUUUUUGUUAACCAAGAAUAAUUGAAGAUUGACAAUAAAUUAAAACAGCUUGCUCGCUUUUUAAAAACUCACAGCUUUAAUCACCAAGUCCUGAAAUAUAUCGCUCUUCAUGACACUUACAGUAUAAUCUUUAGCCAUUUUAUCAAUAAAGAAUGUGAGAUGUGGCUCCAAAAAAGUAAAAUAGUUAAAAAAGAUAUAGCUGUUAGUAUCCUGAACUAUCUAAAGUAAUGUGUUAUUGAUAAAGCAAAUUUCGACGAUUUCGUUUGUUAUAAAACAAGCAAAAAGUCUAAAAAACAAAAAGAAUAUAACUUCGAAGAUGAGUGA